AUGGAGGUAACUCACGUAGUCACCGAAAUUGAGUGGGGUGCUCAGACAGUGCUUUCUCUCAAGCAUCGUCGGCCCAACACUGACGAGGCAUCUGCGGCAGAGGAAAGCUUUCGAGCGGAAGUAGAGGGUCUCAAGUCGGCUAUCGAGAUUGGUAGUCCUGGGGCACUAGGCCAGCCCAAAGUGCCUCUCGAUAUAACCGCCUAUAGUGACAUCCUCAAUGAAGACGGGAUUGUGCUGAAUGAUGUCCAAGAAGCAUACAGCUUUCUUGAUUUGGUACCCUUACAGAUCAAGCAUGACAACGGUGGCAAAGGCCGGCCAGUCGUCUAUACCCUCCUAUCAGUCGAAAUGCUCAAGUACUUGCUCCAGAUCAACGUCACUGUCAAUGGAACCUUGAGUCAACCCAGCCCAGAAUACUUGAAUAAGUUCCGUGAGCUGUUCGACCAAUUCAUCUCUUCCCAGUCGAAACUCAACGACUAUCAAUCAUAUGUGAAUAAAUACAAAACUUAUCUACCACAACAUCAUGUAGACCAAGUCAACAAGUCUGUCACCAACUUAACUAGCCUCGAGCUGCAGUUGAAGACGGAAUACGCUCGAAUCUUGCAGGACGUUAGACGUGGUGCUACUGACGCCACUUCUUUGUAUCAACUCCUCCAGAGGUACUCCACUGACGACUUUUCCCCCAAAAAGAUCGCUUCAAUCAGCCAUGGCUUUCAAGAUAAGGUUGCAUUGAUCGGGACUGCCGUCGCCAAAGGGGCUACUUACAUUGGGUAUAAUGGCCGCAACCUCCGAUCCGAACUGUCAAGGCGUGGUGCAUGUGAUGCUUAUGUCCUCUUCUUUAAUGACGCAACCAUGCAAGACACGCAGGCAUGGAGAGCAAACCAGAAUUUGUUCCUGGAUAUGCUCAAGCAGCACGGGAAUGGUACCUUUCUCGCCAUAGUAGAUUGCGAUGCCAGUGGAACAAGAAUCGACAAGACCCACCUGUCAUUCUACCAGAACGGUCAAGAGCUUGCGAAUGAUAUAGUCGGACAACAACAAUACCUUGCAGAUAAAUCUUUUGCAAGGUGCGCGGAGAACACUCUGGAGACCAAAGACGUCAAGAAACCCGUCAGGCGCCGUUGGAUUAAGAUCGCAUGUCCUGGCCCCAACUGCAACAAGAAUGAAAUAUGCGAGUGGAUUUGCCCUAGAUGUCUGGCUAAUGUGGAGUUUGGUUACUCUGAUCAGUUUGUCUAUUGCGACUGUGGUCGUUCGCUCGCUACCAACUUUGAUUUCAAGUGCAAAAGCGAACACCACGGGCCAGGGUUCGUCAAAUAUGACAACGACGAGUUGCUUGGUCUUUUGAGAAGCCUCGAACAAGAUAAUUACAUCAAUAUCCUCAUCCUUGGAGAGACAGGUGUCGGCAAGUCGACAUUCAUUAAUGCUUUCGUCAACUACCUAUCAUUUGAGACUUUGGACGACGCCAAGGCAGAAGACGAUCUGAACUGGGUUAUCCCCUGCUCUUUCUCAACUCAGAAGAUGGACAGAUCUAACCCCAACAGCAAGAUCGAGCAGAUCAACAUCCAAGUAGGGUCUCGAAAGGAUGAGCGCGAUGGCAGUAAAGGUGCAUCGGCAACUCAGGAGACAGCUGUUUAUCCCGUAACCAUCGGUUCGCAGACGAUACGCUUAAUCGACACACCUGGCAUAGGCGAUACCAGAGGAGUUCAGUUCGAUAAGACCAACAUGGCCGAUAUCCUCUCCACCCUGAGUUCAUACGACGAUCUCCAUGGAAUUCUCAUUCUAUUGAAGUCGAACAACGCGAGGCUUACGGUCACUUUCAACUUCUGCAUGAAGGAACUCUUGACUCAUCUGCACCGAAGUGCAGCAACAAACAUGGCAUUUGGGUUUACCAAUACCCGUAUUUCAGGCUACACACCGGGCGAUACAUUUGGGCCCCUGAGCACACUUCUUCAAGAUCAUUCCGAUGUUGGGCUAACGCUCGACACAGCGAGCACGUAUUGCUUUGAUAGCGAGUCGUUCAGAUAUCUAGCAGCUUUCAAGAACGGCGUAAUCAUGGAUAAUGAGCAGGAUUUCCAGCGGAGUUGGAAGCAUUCGAGGGAUGAAGCACUGCGCCUUCUCAACCACUUCCGAACCAAGAAGCCCCAUAAUGUGAAAAGCACCGUUAGUCUGAACGGCACCCGUCAGCUAAUCGCCGAAUUAACGAAACCAAUGGCCGAAAUUUCUCAGACAAUUCGAACAAAUAUCGCUCUAAGCGAGGAUGAGCUACAAAUGUUGAAGGACACAAGACUCACAGGAGACAAUCUCCGGAAACGCCUCAAGGUGCCGAAGCUCUUGCUUGAGUCCAAGCCCCUAGACAAGCCGCGAACAGUUUGCAGAGAUGAGGAUUGCGUCGAAUACAAGGAUGAUGGCAGCGGAAGCGGAACAUUAAUUCCAGUCUACCUCAGCCAUUGCCAUCCAAUUUGCUAUCUUGACAGCGUACAGAUUGACACUGUUGGCCACGCUGGUCUCAUAGACUGUGCAGCGUUUGGCGGAUCCGACACGUGUACACGUUGCUCGCAUCAUUGGUCUGUACACUUGCAUGUGUUGUAUGAACUCGAAGAGAAGAACACGAUAGUGACAGAUACGGAAGUUGAGCGUCAAUUAUUGGCGAAUGCUGGGGACGUCACACUGCGACAAACAGCUGUGAAGGCAAGGGAGGAACGAAUCCAGGAGUACAAGGACGAGCACGCAAAGAUUCAAGAGGCAGCUGCUCAUUUCGGCCUAUUUUUGAAGAAACACUCGAUAACCCCCUACAAUGACGCAACGAUAGCAUAUUUAGAGAUGCUAAUUCAAGACGAGAAGGGCAAAGUAGAUGCUGGUGGUAGCACAACAAAGCUGAUCAACCUUCAACAAGAUCUCAAAACUCACAAAGAACUGGUGCAAGUUUUGACAGCAAACAUGAAUGCGAAGACGGCCAAGGUCCUGGACGAAGCUGGCGUUGAGAAGAAGGUCCGGGAAUUGUACAAUUUGAAGCACUUUGGAGAGAACCUGAAGGCUGUCAAACAGACAGUAGCCACAGCUCACGAAGCAACGUACCGAGAGAGGCCAUACAGGGUCAAGAGCCGUUAUCAUGUUGUUUAG